AUGUGGAAUACGAACAUUGCCAGAACACCCUCUGUGCGGUCGCUAUCCGCUCGGUCGAUGUCGGUAGACUCUCGUGGUUCGGGAGGCUAUGAUUCUGAUCGUAGUAGUGAGACGAUUGGAAAUGAAGAAACACAGGUUGGGUUAUGGCAACGGCAGGACCGUUUGUCACUGAAGCUCGAAAGUGCGAGCAUACAAGCAGCGGAAUUACAGGAACCGCGGAAUCUAAUUGUGCAAAGCACGCAAUAUCACCCAAAGCCUCUCAAACAGACUCUCUCUGAAGAUCCGAAGCAAUCAGCGGGAGAGCCGGAUGAGGUUGAAUUUCCCCAGAAAACACCCACUCCACGAGAUCAUAGAUCAGAAGGGGACAGUGAUUCCACCGCUCCUGAGGAUGAAGAGCUGCCUCCUCGAAUUCCUGGGCCCCUAGAAAAACAACUUUCAUCCCUAAUGUCCAAAAUUAUCUUUAUUGAGCAAGGGAACCCAACCAUAUCCGUUUCACAGGAAGAAUAUGAAGCCUUAGGGGAAAGGGUCAAAAUCCUGGAGGCAGAGAAAGCCGCAACAGCUAAACGACAUGAAGCUAUUUUCGCAAUUCGAGACGACGACGUCGCGAACCUCAGGAAAGUCCGUGUCUUACUAGCAGAAGAACGCCGCGAGCAUGCGGCACUCCGAAAGCUGCGCGACGAUGAUUUACAUAACGUCAUUGUGCUGCGUGGUAAACUCUGUGAGGCAAUACGACAACUAACACCCCCCCGACGACCCAAGAGCAGCAUCUCGUUUGAGCGACGAGAUACGUCAGAUCUAUUCCAAGCUGCGAAGAACGCAGCCCUGGAGCAGCGGACGCUCGAGCUUGAAAAAGCGAACGAAGAUCUCAUGGGCCAACUCGUCGCUGCAACUCAGAAUACCGCAUUCCGCGCAACGACGGACAAAGCAUGGCGUACUGCAGUUGAUGAGCUGGAAAGCAAACUACGGCAAAAGGAGGAAGAACUGGCUGAAGUGCGGCGCUCGUCUGUGGCGUCAACCGGAUCAAUCACCACGUUCAUGUUUGCCCUAUUCCACACUAUUUCUCAUUAUUUUGCCGUCUAUCCACGACUUGGAUGA